CUUUAUCCACUGAAGGAGAUGGGGUCGAUGGCGGUUGGGGGUGGAGUUAUGAUCCCAAGGAAGCAAAUACAAAUUACUUAUCCUCUUUGCUAAAAUUGGGGUAACCAGGCGGUCCAGGCCAAACUUAUGUAACAACUCCUCAUGCCAUCACUACGUCCCCUCCCUUUGUACGCAUUCACCUCUUUCCGGUAUAAAUACUCCACUACCGCUGCCCACCACCACCACCGCCCCAACGUUCAACCACGAACCCCACCAGUUAAUAUUCCAAAAGCUUAGCCAAACAACAUGAAGGGAGUAGUGAUCGCCUUGCUGGUGGCCCUCGCCAUGGUCCACUUCAUGGCGGAGCCAGCCCGUGCCAUCACCUGCUCAGACGUGAACAAGGCCCUGGCCCCUUGCGUCUCCUACCUCACCGGCGGCGGUGCUCCGACUUCAGCAUGCUGUGACGGCGUCAGGACCCUUAAGUCAUUGUCACCCACCACGAGCGACAGGCAAACGGCCUGCCAGUGUGCCAAGGACGCCGCCAGCCGCAACCCCAACAUUAGGGAGGAUGCCGCCGCUGCCCUCCCCAACAAGUGCGGCGUCCAGACCGACAUUCCCAUCUCCCGAAGCACUGACUGCUCUACUGUCUCUUAAGAUGGAUGGAUGGAAGCCACCACUACUGGAGAUGAAUAAUGGGAGGAGAAGCUCUAUAUUGCUGCCUCCCUUUAUUUAGUUAGUGUAUUAAUGUAUUAGCUACUAGUACAGAUGUGGUUCUCUUAGCUGAGUGAGAACCGCUGUAGUCAUGUAUCCCCCUUAUAAAUAAAAUCAUCCAUCCUUAUAAUUGAUGGAGUAUUUGGAUCUUUUUGCCAUAUAUUUUC